CCUCUACCAAAUCCUCUAAUACCAUGUGGUUAUACGCGAAAUGACUUAAAACAAACACAUUCUAAUUCUUCGUCACUAGCUCCUACUACUGGAACAACAACUCUUCCAUCUUCGUCAACAUCAUUGAAAGAACAAUUUAAUAUUGAACGUUUAGAUCGUAAAAUUGUUGCCACUGUGUGA